AUGAGGGCUGAGAAGAGGAUGGAGAAAGAGAAGCUCGCCAACAUCAGGGCGGCGGGCCUCGCGGAGAAGCAGAACGCCGAAAGGCGUUGCGCACCAGGGGCCGGCUCGACAUCAUUCGGGGNNNAAGGGUUGGUGAUUAACGUCGUCCGGCCUACACGUCGCGAUGCCUGUGUCUUGGCGCUCAUGCAGGAAAAAGUGCUGGGUGCGAUCGUGGACGCGAAAGCUGGAAUGAGGGCUGAGAAGAAGAUUGAGAAAGAGAAGCUCGCCAACAUCAGGGUGGCGGGCCUCGCGGAGAAGCAGAACGCCGAAAGGCGUUGCGCACCAGGGGCCGGCUCGACAUCAUUCGGGGCGGCCCACGCCAGCGACGAACGCGCGCGUGCCAAAGUUCUUCAACGCGAGCUCUCAACGGCGGGUAGCCAGCGGGCAAGCGAGGGGGGAGGGGCUGCAAGGAAGUUGCCCCCGCUCGGCGCGGACAUCCANAGCGGGCAAGCGAGGGGGGAGGGGCUGCACGGAAGAGCGACGACGGAGCAGGUGGACCUCGUCCUCACCAAGGGAUUUACUCAAGAACAACUUCCUUUGGAGACCGCGGUCUGUAUCCUCGAGCAGGCGGUCGGUAACAGGCUGCGAGCCCCAUGGGGAAACCUAUCGCUGCAGGAUUUCAGCGUUGUUAAGAGAGCGGGCUUCGAAAUCAGUGGUUUUGACGCGUAUAUGGUGAAGUAG